CAAAUCAUCUCCUCUCCUUGGCAAUUGGCCCUUCCUCUUUCUUUCCUUUUCGAUUUUGCUGGUACCCAGCAAGAAACCGCCUCUAACGGCCGGAAUGGCGGGCCUGCAGCCCGCAGCGAUCCAUCUGCAGCGCCGCCAGCAAGCGAUCGCAGGCCGCCGCGUGCGGCUCCUGGUCAACGCCGGCGCCCUGCUCGUCUCGGCCGGCGGGUCCGUCGUCAUCAUCCACGCCGCCACGCCCUCCGACGACGCGGCCGGUGGUCCGGCGUGCUCCCUCGUCGCGUUCUCCGUCUUCCUCCUCGGCGUGUCGCUGGUGACGCUGGCGCUUGCCGCCGACCGGUUCCCGAGAGCGGCAAGGGUCGGCGCGGCCGUCGCGACGGCGACCAACCGCUACCUGUUCGGCCUUGGGUGGUAAGCGAGGUAGCUAGCUGCUUCACUCAAGGAAGCACAUUAAUUCGGCUUGUUUAUAAGUAAGAUUGCUAUAUUUUUUAGUUAGAAGUAAUGUUGCUAUAUUGGCUCCAUGUCUCCCCAUCGCUUUCUGUUCAUCAAGUUGCAUUGCAUGCAUGGGUGUCCGACUCUGUCUGUCGUCUGUCAGUUUGUGUGCUGGUCAAUGAGCUUACGCCCUGCUCGAAAGCUUCGUAUGAACAGUUGUGCUGUCACUCCGCUUGCGUACUCAGCAUUCUAGCCUGCAGUGUGCUGCCCUAUGAAUAGUAAUGUACGAUGCAUCCAAGGACUGCGUGCGCAAACUGAAACAGGUCCUGUCGUGGAGCUCCACAUGCUUGGCUAUGUGUGUAAUACUAAUAAAAGUUACGGAUUUUUCAAAAAGAU